AUGAACACCCUCUUCACUAUUCUCCUCUUCCUUCUCCUAAUCUUCUUCCUCCUAACCAGGAGGAGAAGAUCAUCACAGAGGCUCCCACCGGGGUCCCUCGGAAUUCCCAUCAUAGGCCAAAGCCUCACCCUUCUCCGAGCAAUGAGAGCUAACACUGCAGAAAAAUGGCUUGAAGAAAGAGUGAGAAAGUAUGGUCCAAUUUCCAAACUAAGUCUCUUUGGCACCCCCACGGUCCUUAUACCUGGACAAGCUGCAAACAAGUUGGUGUUCACUGCUGAUGGUGGCACGAUAGGGAACCAGCAGACAAAGUCGUUGAGGAUGAUAUUGGGUGAUCGGAAUAUUUUGGAACUCAGCGGCGAAGAUCAUAAGCGUGUUAGAGAUGCUCUCGUCUCAUUCUUGAAGCCGGAAUGUUUGAAGCAGUAUGUGGGGAAGAUGGAUGGAGAGGUUAGGAAUCACCUUGAAAUGCACUGGGAAGGCAAGGAAAAGGUCACGGUUCUGCCCCUGAUGAAGGUACUAACAUUCGACAUAAUUUGCACCCUUCUAUUUGGAAUAGAACGAGGGUCCCAGAGAGAUGAACUUCUCAAAAACUACAAGAGGAUUGUUGAAGGAAUGUGGUCGAUCCCAAUCAACUUGCCCUUCACACGCUUCAAUCACAGCCUCAGAGCCAGUGCGAGGAUCCAGAAAAUGGUGAAAGACAUUAUAGGUGAGAAGAGGGUUGAGCUUGAGCAGAAGGGUGCUUCAUCUCACCAAGACCUCAUCACCUGCUUGCUCAGCAUCCGUGGGGAAGACAACGUCAUUUCUGAAAAUGAGAUUGUGCAUAAUAUUAUGCUUGUCAUGACUGCUGGACAUGACACUUCAUCUGUCCUGCUUACUUUUAUCGUCCGAUUGCUUGCUGAUAAUCCAACUAUACAUGCAGCUGUUCUUCAAGAACAAGAAGAGAUAGCACAAGGCAAGGUCUCUGGAGACUUAUUAACAUGGGAAGACCUUGCCAAGAUGAAGUACACAUGGAGAGUAGCAAUGGAGACCCUAAGAGUGUUUUCUCCCAUAUUUGGAGGCUUCCGAAAGGCAUUGAAAGACAUCGAGUAUGGUGGCUACCUCAUUCCCAAGGGAUGGCAAAUAUUCUGGGCAUCGUGCAUGACUCACAUGGAUGAUAGCAUAUUCAAAGAACCAGCAAAGUUCAAUCCUGCACGAUUUGAGAACCAAGCUUCUGUACCUCCUUACAGCUUCGUUCCAUUUGGAGGGGGCCCUCGUAUAUGUCCAGGAUACGAGUUUGCAAGGAUUGAAACCCUAGUCACGAUCCAUUAUUUGGUUACUCGAUACACAUGGAAGCUAUGCUGCAGUGACAAUUUUUUCAGCAGGGAUCCAAUGCCAGUACCAACUCAAGGGCUUCCAAUCCAAAUUAUGCCAAAGAAACCGCUGUAA